AUGCAUGAUGAUGUUUCAUCUCCAUCCGCGAUUCCUGUGGAAGCUGCACAGCUUCCAAAAGAAUAUCCCCUUCAGCUUGGCCUGGCGUACUUGCUGCUUGUCGGUUAUUUGGUUCGAACACUCUUUGUGAGUCUAAGCUUGCCUGCAUCCGUCGGUGUCAUACUGACUGGAUGGAGUUUCAGCUACUUCAUUCAGGAAGACAUUUUCAUGGGCAGAGAUAUGCUGCAAGAACUAGCUUUUUUCUUGGUGCUGUUGACUGCAGGCCUGGAGAUUUCCAUCCUUCAUCUGAAGCCGUACUUCUUUGUGUUGGCCCUGGUUCCUUGCACAGCAGAGCUGCUAACCAUCGCAGCGUAUUCGGUCUGUAAUCUGGGCUUCACCUGGGCUGAAGGUCUGAACCUUGGCACCGUGCUGGUUGCCGUUGGUGAUGGCCUGGUGAUACCAAAGAUGAAGGAGUUCAGCGCGAUGCACAGUCAGCAUCCGAUGCCCUACUUGAUGCUUUGCUGGGCUCCAGUAGAGGCGAGCUUCGCGCUAACCCUAUUUGGAGUAUUCACAGCGCUGUCAGCUCCUGCCACAAUGCCAAGCCUCAAUGUCAUCUUGCUACUGGCAUCAACAGUCAUACGUAUCGCGGCGACGGUGGUAGCGGGAGCAGCACUGGGUUAUGCCGCUGGCUUCCUCAUUGACAGAAGAAAGCAGGUGACUCUGUUCGGGCACUCCGUGUUCACCAACCAACCUGUUGAAGCAUUCCUGAUGCUGUUAGCCAUAGCCCUUUGUGCCUAUGGUCUUGGGAGUAGCACAAAAGGCAGGCCGACACUGCCGCUCUUCUUUGGCUGUGGUUCGCUCUUUCAGCCAGAGCUCAUGGUCAUCGUCACGGGAUCCACCUUCGCGAUGUUUUGCGAAAGCCACUGCCCGAAGAUCCUGGCGCAGGUUGAAACAAUCAUGGGCGGAGUCUGGGUGUUUGCGCAGUUGGUGCUUUUUGCUAUGCUGGGCAGCAAGACGAGUCCAUCCAUUUUUCCGAACCUGGUAACGGUACUUCCUAUUCUGGCGGUGGGACUUCUUGCUCGUUUUGCUGGAGUCUUGGUCAGUGUCAGAGCAACUGUCGAUCAACGCAGAACACACAACCAAGGUCUUCGGCAAAUGCUUGCGGAUGCGUGCUUUUGCUUUCUCUCUGUCCUACCUCGAGCCACCAUCCAGGGAGCCUUGGGUGCUGUGCCUGUGAAUCAACGCUUCUUCCAGGAUGAAGCACGAGAAGACAGGAGCGAGGCUCGCCAAUUCAUCUUUACAGCGGCACGGCUGUACAUUUUCUGCAUGUCCAUCUUCGGGAUGUUCCUGCUGAACACGUUCGGUCCCAUGCUGUUGGAGGAAUCGAAGGAUCGACCAGAAGAAGAGGAAGCCUUCAUUCAUGAUCGAGAUGCAUCUGACAUGGAGCAGUUCGAUCGAGCAUAUCAAAGUGAUUCUCAUGAGCCGGAUGAAUACAUAAUCCAGUUGGCCACUCUACUCGGGCAGGAAUACGACAUUCCAGCUCCAGUGGUGAUGUCGCUCUUGGACGAGCACAGCAAGGUCACAUCUUCCGUAUUUGGAGACCUGUCUCCGAUUCCUGAGAGGGACUCUGAUGAGGCUCGAGUCCUCACGGCCAGAACCGAUGAGUCUGAGGCAUCUCCGUCAGCGAAGACAGAUCCUGUGAGACCUUCCGUUCGUUUUGCGGAUCUACCGCCCAGACCACGAUCCGAAACCGAGCCAGCGCCACGGACCAAAUGGAAGAAAGAUGUCAAGAUGAAGCGCACCUGGAGCAAGAUGGAUAACUUUGCGCUGUUUGAUUCCAGAGGGCCACAAGUCGAGGAGGUACCGGAAGCUGCUCAGGAAGAGAAUCGUGACGAUGCAGGCAGACGAAAUAGGCUCUUCACGCACUGA